GGGCGGAGCGGCGCCUGGCCGCGGCCUGGGCCCCGGCGGCGGGAGGCGGCUGCGCCCCGCUCCCCUGGCAACGGAGCCGAGCCGGGCAGCGCUGCCGCUGCGGGCCGCCUGCGCCAUGUCCUCCCUGGCCGUGGCCAAGGCCCCCGCCUCACGGGCAGCCUCUCGCUCCCCGGCCGCCGGCCUCUCGCUUAGGAAGGCCGAGGACAGCAGCGCGGAGCUCGCAGCCGCCCAGGACGCACAGUCAAGGCCGGUGGAUCUGAGUCGUGUCAUCAAACUGCUGGAAGGGUCAGACUCGAUAGACUUGGAAAAAGAGCAGAUGAAAGCUCUGAAGAAGGUAGCCAAGCAUUUUGGAGCUGGGCUUCCACUCAAGGAUCUGGCCCAAGUCAUGGACAUUCUGAACCUGUGUGCAGAGAAAGUGAAUGAGCAAGCAGCUUUCACUGAGCCUUUGGUUCAGCUUAUCAAAUUAUGUGGGUUGCCCUUCCUAAAGAGGAAAUUCUCUGAUGAGAUGAGAUACUCUGAGACAGCUUCCAAAUGCAUUGCCCAGCUGGGUUGUUUGAUGAGGGUGCCAAGCUCUCAAGUGAGAAUAGAAAUCUGUAAGUGUAUUGUUAGCUUUUAUGACAUGGAGCCACCAAGGAAGCUACAAUCAGGUUACCAGCCAACAAGUGCAAACUACAAAAUUCAGAUGGCUGAGCUUGGAGGAUUAGCAGAAACUCUGGUUUUGUCACUAGCACUGGUAGAAAAUCAGCUUCUGGAGAAGCUGUGGGUACUUAAAGCUCUCCAGCUCCUCUCCAGAUCUGGCGUAAAUUGCAGCCUGAUGCUGAAGGCCCAAGCAGCCAGCAGGCUGUGUUUGUAUCUGGGUGAUGCUGACCCCUCAGGACAGCUGCUCUUCCGCUCCUCAGACAUCCUCUGGAGCCUCUUAGAGAACGCCUCCAAAGAAGAAGUUGUUCAUCAGCUCAGCAGCUUGGAAUGUGUCCAUGUCCUGAAGGAAGUGUUUGUAGAGCUCCUCCUGCAUGGGUUCCGACGGUCUGACCGACAGCUACGGAACGACCUCUUGGUGCUGGCCUCCUUCCUGGCUGCAAACCCUGCAGCACCCAUGCUGGAAAGUGGAUUUGCAGAGCUGUUAGUAGUGCUUGCAACAUUUACUGAAGUUAAAAUUCCAAAUCCCUUGCUAAAAGGUCUUAAAUUGACCAACUCUCCUGAGGACUUUGAGAUGAAGAGGUUACUGUUCAAUGUCAUAGGAGUCUUAUCGAGGAACCCCUGUGCUGCACAGCUUCUCAGUGACAAUGAUGUGAUGCCAGCCUUGCUUUCUUAUGUCAAACCAAACCAGAAGCUUGGAUUUUAUGACUGGUCUGCUGCCCAGUAUGAAGAACUACAGCUUCAUGCAAUGGCUGUUUUAGCUUCUGUGGCUCCCUUGUUGGUAGAGAAAUACCUGUCCUGCCAGGCAAACACUCUGCUCCUGCUCUUCCUGGAGUGGUGUGUGAGCCAAGAUGCUUUCUCUGGCCAAGGGAACAGCUUCCAUGCGAGAGGAGGCCACGGCAGCAAGCUGGCCCAGAUGCGCUACAGCCUGCGGGUGCUGCGCUCUGUGGUGUCCCUCUACGAUGGGGCUGUCAGCCUCAGCCUGUGUGACCAGGGAGCAAUCAGCCAGCUGCUGGACAUCCUAAAGUAUGCUGCAGACAAAUCUAAGGAGCAGGAAGAUGCCAUCCUGCUGGAGAUCCAAGCUGAUCUGUUGUUUCUUCUGUCUGCUCUCUGUGAAAGUGAUCUCCACAGAAAGGAACUCUUCAGCCAUGAAGGAGUGGAUCUCCUCAUCUCAUUCCUUCAGAUGGAUCCAAAGAAGAUACACAGUGGACUGGGUCACAACCACCUCCUCUUCACUGCGCUCGACUGCUUGUGGUCUUGUGUGCUUGGCUGCUCCAUUGCAGAGGAUUCUUUCCUACAGAGACAAGGCAUUGGCCUGCUCCUGGACUUGCUGGCAUUAAAGCAGAAGAACCUCUGCAAUAUCAUCCUUGGCAUCUUGGUUGAGUUUUGUGACAACCCCAAAACUACUUCACAUAUCAGCACAUGGCGAGGGGAGAAAGAGCAGACAGCAGUCAGCCUUCUCCUAGAGCUCUGGAGGCAGGAGGAGCUGGAGCUGGGGGUCAGCAGGGAUCAAUGGGGAAGGAUUGUUGACAUGAAGCAACCCAUGGCUGGCAGCUUCCAGAAACAGCAAGAGGUCAUUCCCCUGCCUGCCAACUGUCCCAGCUUUGCCAUCAUGGAAAUGUCAGAAAACACUCGGGCCAAGCUCUACUGCUUGUUCUGCAAGCUAGGUUUUGAAGACUUGCCUGUCUUACCUGCUGAGGAUUUUGUCACCCUUGCCAUCAUACAGCACUACCUGGACUUUAAAGUUGCAGAAGUUUGGAGUGAACUGUGUGAAGAACUGAAAGAAGAAUUCAAACUUGUUAGGUUGGAUAAGAAAGCCUUGAAUGUUAUCUCAGAGAGAUCAGAAGACAUUGGGAGAAUGGUUGCUGCUGUGCAGACUGAAGUGCUUGAGAACCAACAGUGCCAAGAGAUCCAAGAAGAGGAAAGAACAUAUGCAAGAAUCAAGGCCACUCCCAAGCAGAGAGAGAUGGUGACCAAGUCCUGGGAGAACUUCUUGGCUCGGACAUCAAACUAUGAGGCACUGAAGAAAACAAAAAGGCUUCAGGAAAAGUCAGUAGAGGCUCCCAGACUGAAAUCCAAGCCUCAGACAGAAGCAGCCCAUUCUGCUGGGAAGGGCCUGGGCACCACACCUGGAGCUGGUCGCUUGGUAGCUGCUGGAAGCACACCAGGGUUGACUGGAGGGGCACUGCCUGCGGGAGACCUUGCUCUUGGGAAGCCCUCUGCUGCUGAAGGAGCCUUAAAAAAGAUCAAAAGAGUUAAAAGGUUGGGCUGAGUCAGGAGAGGGGCAGCAGCUGUAGAUCAGUGUCCAGAGAGUGCCUCUGCUGUGGUGGUGAACCCUAGACAGGAUGAGAGCUGUCUGCUCUGCUUUGAUGAGGUUCACACCGCACUCUGAGCUGGUGUGAAGA